AUGGCCCCCAACUCUCCGCCGGACAUCAACGGUCUGUUUGAACCAACAGAGUUGGAAGGAACAAAAGCCCAAGCUAGUUCAGGGAGUGUAUUCGUUGCGACGGCCGAGCUCGAGACGGAAUACACGGCUGGAGCCUCUCCCAACGGGGGCUACGGAUGGGUUUGCACCGCCGCCGUGGCCAUCAUCAACAUGCAUUCGUGGGGUUUUAGCUCAGCCUACGCCGUCUUCCUUGCUCAUUACCUAGAUACGGAUAUAUUCCCGGGAACAACAUCGCUGGACUAUGCCUUCAUCGGCGGGCUCAGCCUGACUUGCCUCUUCCUCAUCUCCCCUGUCGCGACCAUCUGCGUUGGCCGGUUCGGCAUCAGACCUGUGAUGCUGGCUGGCAUGCUUCUCGAGUCUGUGAGCCUGGUCUGCGCCAGCCUAGCCUCUCAACCUUGGCAUCUUUUCCUGACCCAGGGCGUCCUCUUCGGGCUCGGGCUCGGCCUGCUCUUUAUUCCGACGGCCGCGGUCAUUCCGCAGUGGUUCACGACCAGACGGUCUCUGGCUACCGGAUUCGCCCUGGCUGGUGCUGCUCUCGGAGGCACCGUCUACUCCCUGGCGGCGGGUGCCAUGAUCCGAAACCUUGGCCUUCACUGGGCUCUUCGGGUGCUCGGGCUACUCGCCUUUGUGGUCAAUACUUCCAUGAUCAUCUUGGUCAGAGACCGGAACAAGGCUACCGCCGGCGCUAUUCGCAACCCUUUCCAGAUCAAGCAUUUUAAGAUGCUGGGCUUUUGGCUCUUGGUUGCUUUCGGGGGCUUUACCAUGCUGGGCUACUUCAUCCUCAUCUUCACCCUUGCCAGCUUCGCCAAUCACCUCGGAUUGGAUUCUUCCAAAGCCUCCAUCGUCAGCGCCAUCUUCAACUUGGGCCAGGCAGUCGGACGGCCUUUGGUUGGAUACCUGAGCGAUCGAUUUGGGCGCAUCAACAUGGCGGCCAUCAUGACCUUGCUCGCAGGGAUCCUGCCGCUCGCCAUGUGGGUGUGCACCCAGACCUAUACUACCCUGGUCUCGUUUGCCAUGUUCGAAGGCAUCGUCGGUGGCGUAUUCUGGGCGGCCAUUGCACCUCUGAUGAUCGAGGUCGUGGGAAUGAAGGACGUCGCCUCCGGCUUGACUCCCAUGUGGCUCAGCCUGGCAAUUCCUUGCACUUUCAGCGAGGCUAUUGCGUUAACCAUGGUCAAGGACACGGGGUCUUAUUUAGGCACACAGCUCUUCACCGGGUUCAUGUAUAUUAUUGCGGCGGGCUGCUUGUUCCUGCUGAGAGGGUGGAAGAUUAGUCGUAUGGGCAUGGAGAGUAGCCAGCGUGAGAAUGCUCUUGGUGGUAGUGACACGUCUCAACAGGGGAACCAAAAGGUGGAAGUUGUCUCGCCGAUAUUCCAUCGCGGAGCAAUAGGCAACGUCUUGAAGUCCUUCCGCUGGAUGAAAGUUUAG